AGGUCCUUUUGAAUCACGUUCUUAAAGGAACAUACUAUAGAACAGCAUUGAAUGAUGGGCUAACAUUGACAUCAGUAGGUGGCGCUCCGCUGACCUUCAGUGAUCGUAGAGGUCUCUUGUUGGUCAAUGGAAUACCGGUGGUUGAGCCCAAUUUCAUGGUUUUAAAUGGUGUCAUCCAUGUCAUUAAUCGUGUUUUAUUACCAAAGCAAGUUCUCAAGGAUUGCCAAUGUCUUCCAGAAGUAACUCAACAGUUAGACAAUCCUCCACCAGGGGUAACAGGAGGAUUCCAAACCUCCUUCCCUGUCAGACAACCUAGUUUACCUCUCCGAGGUUCCUCUCCACCAGGACUAGUGACUGGAGGUGGUGCUCCUCCUCCAACAGGAAACACGAUCUUUCAAAUUAUUGAAAUGCCUGGUCUCAAUGUCCAAGGACAGCCAGUUGGUCUUACCAUAUUUUAUGAUUUACUUCUACAGUCUGGUGUAGAUCUCCUCAAACAACCAG